AUGCGUCUUAGUUGGAUCCUUGUCACACUCUUAAUUAUUUUCUUGUCUAUUACAUUAACAACAAGAACAGUUGAUGCUGCUAGUAAGAAAUCAAACAAAGAGAACAAUAAAGAAGAGACCCAAGCUGCAUUAGAAGCUGAUAAUGAUAAUGCUGAUGAUGAUGAUGAUGAUGCUGACACUAACGAUGACGAUGAUGAUGAUGAGAAAAAAGUGGUGUUUAUCCCACGUGAAAGAGCUUCGAUUUUUCUCUCAUACAAUGAAUGUAUACGACGAAUGAAUUGUGGUUUAUCACGAAAAGAAGAAUGUAGCGAAGAAUGUGCUGAUGGUAAUACUGAAGAAGAAAUGGAAGAAUAUACUGAAAUAUUUGAACAUAUUGAUGAAUAUCGAUCUGAUUUGAAGAAAUCUUCAUUAAAAAAAUCGAAUAAAAAAUCUGUAUCAUCAGAUGGUGAUGAUAGCGCAAGCGAUACAACAACAUCAGAUGAAGAAAGUGAUGCAAGUAGUGAAGAAGAAGAUGUACCAGAUAAUAAAAAUCAAAAAUCAAAAUCAUCGAAAAAAAAUUAA